AUGCUAAUUAAUCAAGAAGACCUGGCAAAAUUGUGGAAUGAUCUAUCUUCAAACUGAGGGGAAGCAUGAUCGAUCAAGAUCUUCGUAGCUAACAACUGAGAUGCCCUUGCUGCUUACAAGAUCCUUACAGACUUGUUAGUAGAAAGCUCAAUCAGUUUCUCAUGAAAACCGGUAUUCAGCUACACUGAUAUUUACGAAGGAAUUAAGAAAGAGGCGAUUCCUGAAGAAAUAAACUCAUUGGUCUUCUUAAACUGCGGUGCAAAGAUUGAUUUCACUGAGCAAUGGUUCUAUCAAGGUGAGUCUGAUAUAAAAACCUACAUUUUUGACUCAGCGAGGCCUAUCCUUCACAACAAUGUGUUAACCACCAAAGGAGUCUAUGUAGUAGAUUUUGGAGACAUUAAGAUAGAGAAUUGUCCCGAAGACAAAGACAUCCAAGCUUUUAACAACCAAGAAGGAGAAGGCGACCAAGAGACUAUUGUUGAUGGCGCGAAGGAAUAUGAGAAGAUCAUUAGUGGUAGUAAAGAUAAAGAACAAAGCCAAGAAGAAUCCAAAGAAGAAACUAAAGGAUAUGGCUUAGAUGAUAGCUUUGAUAUUGACCAAAUUGGAAAGAAAAGGAGAAGAAAUGAAGACACUAAAGAAGAAGACCGUAAUAAUAGAAGAAGACGGUAUGAGGAAUACUACAGUGGAGACUAUUUCACAAACUGAUGUUCUUACUUUACAUACUGAUUAGGAGUUCAUCUGAGUAAGCAAAGUGUCGAGUUCUUUUGGCUCUGGAUCUUAGGUCUUACUGACCAAUUUAUUCACUCAAAAAUUUGCUAUGAAGAAUAUUUACAAGAGUACGAAAAAUGAAAGAAGGACUUCUUACUAAUUUCAGAUAAGAACUUUGAUCAGGAUAAAAACUUACAUAGUUUCAAUCAAGAAGAGGCAGAAGGUGGUCUAAAAUUUGAUAAUAAGGGAUAUUUCUACAAAAAUGUAGAUCUCGAGACUGAAAACUUCAAAGUUGGAUCUAUCAUCCCAUCUCAAGAAUUUAGGUUUGCUUUCUUGAGAUCAUGGUCCCUUUAUGAAGCAAUAAAGAACUCAGAAUAUGUUGCUAUUAAAUUGAAGCUCUGGCAAGAUGCAGGGAAAAGCGAGCUAACAAGAUUUCUAAUGACACUAGGUAUCCCAGAGUUCGAAUAUACUCAGCAGUACAAAUUUAUGACUCCAAAAUAUAAGCAAAUGCUUAAAACUAAAAUACCAGAGGUCGGACCAAAAUUCGGUCUUGAUGAUUUAUUAUUCUCAAGCUUUGUUAGACAAAUCAAUAACAAAGCACAGAUGAAUGCCUCAGAUAUGGUAUAUGUAGUCACUUCUCUCUUGGAGUCUCCAAAGCCAGUGAUGAUUGAUAACAUCCCAGGAGAGGGAAAUUUAGAAGAAAUUCACCAACAUUUAGAAGCAUUUGACCCGGAAAAUUUUACGAUGAAAGAUUUCAGAGAGAAUCAGGUAGAAAACUUUUGGUCUGCUUAUGAGUCACUAAAUAUCAAGAACUUUGAUCUCAUAAGUUGUGGGGUUAAUAUGAGUAAGGAGUAUCAGAAGAGUUUGAUCAGCCUUGGAUCAUCCAUAAUUAUAAACAAGAUAGUCAAACCUUGCACUUAUUUCAGAUAUGCGAUUAUUAAAAACGAUAUUCUAGCAGAAGUAAAAUUGUUUCAUCAUCCAAUGGCUAUUCAGAAGUUAGCCUUGUUUGUGAUGGAAGCAUAUUUAGAGACAAGGAAGAUAAAAGAUCCCAAACCUAUUAUUUUAGCAGUGAAAAACACAAUGAAAGAUGUGUAUCUUACAGCAGGAGUUUUAGGAAGACAAAAUACUUACAUCAAGUCAAGGAAUGAUUUUGGAGACCAAUUCCGUGACGCAGCAGAAAAGAUUGCUUCCAACUUCAAUCAUGAUGGUUUUGAUGCAUCUCUCAUUGAGAUUAAGUCCUCCGAUUUCGAUGAGUUCCUUGAUGAAUUAUUACAGAUAUAA